GAUGGCGAUGCCGAUGGUGAAGAAGGCGACAUGACAAAUGGCCGAAAACCCUUUUCGCCAGCUGUUUUCAUCACUUCUAGUCUACACACACUCUCUCUCCCUCAAUUUUCUAUUACUAUAUUACAGUUACUACUAUUAUACUUUACUAUAUUCCUCCCACAGUCCACGCUCCCCAAUCUUCACUCUCUUCUCUCUCUCUCUCUCUCUCUCUCUCUCUUUCUCAUCACCACUAUAACUUCCCCUUUUUCCGUCUUCUUUUCUAAUCCCAAGAACGUCAUGUAAAUGCUUAACCAGAGCAUGUGAGAGUUUUUGAAUUUAUGAUUCUUUUAAUUUUAUCGGGUUGCAGAAAGCUUGAUAGAGAUAUUGGGUAAUUGAAUCUGGAUCAGUUUUAAUUCUUUGUUGGCCAUGGAGAAUCGUAGCGAUGCGGAAGCUAGUCAGUUUUUGAGUUUGUUUGCUGCUUUGUCAUAUGGGAUUGCUUCCAUGGCCAUGGUCUUUAUCAACAAAGCCAUUCUUAUGCAAUAUUCAUAUUCAAUGACGCUUCUCACUGUGCAGCAAUUGGCCACUGCGGCUCUUAUAUAUUCUGGUCGAAGAUCGGGGUAUACAAAGGCUAAAGGAUUAGAGAUGUCAACGGCCAAAAAACUUCUUCCAGUGUCAUUAUUCUAUAAUGCUAAUGUGGCGUUUGCCUUGGCGAGCUUGAAGGGAGUUAACAUUCCAAUGUACAUUGCUAUAAAGAGACUCACACCACUCGCAGUUUUGAUUGCCGGAUUUUUCUCAGGAAAGGGAAGACCAACAACACAGGUCAUCCUUUCAGUAUUGCUGACUGCAGUGGGGGUUGUCAUAGCUGCACUUGGAGACUUUUCCUUUGACCUUUUCGGUUAUAGCAUGGCCCUUACUUCUGUGUUUUUUCAGACUAUGUACCUUGUCUUGGUGGAGAAGUCUGGUGCAGAAGAUGGGCUAUCAUCAGUUGAGAUCAUGUUUUAUAACAGCUUUUUGUCUAUUCCUUUCUUGUUGUUCCUCAUCAUAGCUACAGGAGAGUUUCCAAAUUCUAUAUCGAUACUAAUUGCAAAGAGUAAUUCAUUUUAUUUUUUGGUGAUACUUAUUCUUUCGUUGGUGAUGGGCAUUGCUCUCAACUUCACCAUGUUUUUAUGUACCAUAGUCAACUCUGCUCUAACGACAACCAUCGUGGGAGUCCUCAAAGGGGUUGGGUCCACGACCCUUGGAUUUGUCUUACUAGGAGGUGUGCAAGUGCAUGGUUUGAACGUGACAGGUUUAGUCAUCAACACCGCUGGUGGGGUAUGGUAUUCCUAUGCCAAAUAUCAGCAAAAGAAGAACAAACCACCAAGGGCGCUGUCAGAUCUUGAGGCUCAUCGCAAAUAAGUGAUACUGAAAGCGGAUCCCCAUUGUCCUUUCUAUUGUUACUAAUACAGUUUUUUUUUUUGUCAGUCAUAUUCAUGCCAUUGAAAAUGAAACAUUGUUUAUGAUUUAGCUUAAUCUGCAUCGUUUUGAACAUUUUGUAGUGGCAAAUCCUCGUAUGUUAUGAUGCUCUUACAAUUGAUGUAAGUUUGAUAAUGAAAAGCAAAAAAAUGAAGUUACAGUUUA